GUCGCUACCGCUGCAUACGGCUACGAUGGUGCCCCCCGCGCUGGUCGUCGCCUACCAGGUCGCCUGGUUCAUAUGCGCAGAGGGCGCUGCUGUGAACCGGACGUGCCAGCCAGGAGAACUGCUGUGUCGCGACGGAAGCUGUGCGAGAGUGUGCGACUCGGUGACGGACUGCCCCGAUGCGAGCGACGAGGCGCGAUGUGAUGGCAGACAAGACGAUGACGGGUUCGACGAAGAUCUGGCCGUCAACACAUCGAUAGGAAUCGGCGCCGUGAUAGCCUUCAUUGCAGUCGUCAUCAUCACCAUCGUGAUAUGUAGGAAGAUGCAGAGAGAGCCCGCUGCGAAGGACUCUCCCACGUUGAGUCCGGACAGAGCCAACCGGCUAGGCUCCGUGUCCUCGCAGCGCUCCCGAUCCGGAUCCAACCAGCAACACAGCCAGACGGAGAAGCUGCUAUCGGCCGACGAUAUCAACUCGAAACCAACAAGUCCGACGACGUCGUCCGAUGGCAUCACGGCUGUGUAA